AUGGAGAAGGAGAUGACGUGGAGAGAGUUCCAGGACAUUGGACAGCGAGCGAUAGAGAAGCAGAAGCUGGUUUAUAUUCUGAACAGAGAUGCAGCUGCCAGGCUGACCAUCUCCUCUCCGCUGGAAGCACACAAGGCGAACACACUGGUCUACCAUGUCGUCGGAGUCGAUGUCGGCUUUGAGAACCCCAUGUUUGCCUGCCUCGAGAUGGAUUAUGAGAAUGACCUGGAUGACCCGGAGCGUGGGAUGAUAUUUGUCUGCUCAGCCACCCACAAGACCAAGUCCAUGUUCUUCUUCCUGGCCCAAACAGAGCAGGGAGACAUCUUUAAGGUUACCCUGGAGACGGAUGAAGAAAUGGUCACAGAAAUCAGGCUGAAAUACUUUGACACGAUCCCUGUAGCAACAGCCAUGUGUGUCCUGAAGACUGGCUUCUUGUUUGUGUGUUCAGAAUUUGGAAACCAUUACCUUUACCAGAUCGCUCACUUGGGUGACGAUGACGAGGAGCCUGAGUUCUCCUCUGCAAUGCCGUUGGAAGAGGGAGACACAUUCUUCUUCCAGCCCCGCCCCCUCAAGAACCUUGUGCUGGUGGACGAGCAGGAGAACCUCUCGCCCUUCAUGUCCUGUCAGAUUGCAGAUUUAGCCAAUGAAGAUGCACCACAGUUGUACGUUGCCUGUGGUCGAGGACCCCGGUCUACUCUGAGGGUCCUGAGACAUGGACUGGAGGUAUCAGAGAUGGCCGUGUCUGAGCUGCCCGGUAACCCCAACGCUGUGUGGACAGUACGCAAACAUGUGGAAGAUGAGUUUGAUGCCUACAUCAUCGUGUCUUUCGUGAACGCUACUCUGGUUCUGUCCAUCGGAGAGACUGUAGAGGAAGUGACAGAUUCUGGGUUUCUCGGAACGACGCCUACUCUCUCCUGCUCGCUGCUCGGCGAAGACGCGCUGGUGCAGUCCGGUCAACUCAAUGAGUACACGGAGCGGAAGGAGAUGUCUGCAGACGUGGUUUGUAUGAGCCUCGCAAACGUUCCACCUGGUGAGCAGCGCUCGCGUUUCCUGGCAGUGGGGCUGGUUGACAACACCGUCCGAAUCAUCUCCCUGGACCCACUGGACUGCCUUCAGCCGUUGAGUAUGCAGGCCCUGCCAGCCCAGCCAGAGAGUCUGUGUAUUGUUGAGAUGGGAGGGGUCGAGAAACAGGAUGAACUUGGAGAAAAGGGAUCCAUUGGCUUCCUCUACCUCAACAUAGGACUUCAGAACGGUGUGCUGCUGAGGACUGUGCUGGACCCAGUGACCGGUGGUGACCUGUCGGACACCAGAACACGAUACCUGGGGUCUCGACCUGUCAAACUCUUCAGAGUCCGGAUGCAAGGACAAGAAGCUGUGCUGGCGAUGUCCAGUCGCUCUUGGCUCAGCUACUCGUACCAGUACCUGACCCCUCUGUCAUAUGAGACCCUGGAGUACGCCUCCGGCUUUGCAUCCGAGCAGUGCCCCGAAGGCAUAGUGGCCAUUUCCACCAACACACUGAGAAUCUUGGCUUUGGAGAAGUUAGGAGCAGUCUUCAACCAGGUGGCCUUUCCUCUGCAGUACACUCCCAGGAAAUUUGUGAUCCACCCGGAGACUAAUAACCUAAUUGUGAUCGAGACGGACCACAAUGCCUACACUGAGGCAACCAAAGCCCAGAGAAAGCAACAAAUGGCUGACGUAUGAAACGCUGCUCUAAUGAUCGUAUUGGUAAAACCUAACGCUGCUCUGUGGUCUUUCACAGUAAUAAUCCAACAGUGCAGUGUUAUUAUUUUGGUUAGAUCUAAUGUUUUUCCAAUUAAAAGCUUAAAGAGCAACUCUUUAGAACAAACA